AUGCACGAGUGCCGUCUAAAAGCUAUUAAUCGAAAUCUGACCGUAUUCAAUCUAAAUGCAACAAUCGUUUAUCCCGUUUAUGAUUUAACAUUGGAUAUGCAACUGUUUAAGAAGGCCAACGGAUACAAGCCAUUUCUUGUUAGGAACUUCGUUGAUGUCUGCCAAUUUCUCAAAAAAAGAAAGAAAUCAUAUUUCAAUGUUGUGUACAAUCUAGUGAAACCCUUCUCUACCCUUAACCAUUCCUGUCCCUAUGAGGGUUACAUUUUAGUUAAAGAUUUUUAUAUUAUCCCUGAAAAAAUAGGACUCCCUGCGCCAACUGGAGAGUAUUUAAUAAGUUUGAAAUGGUUAUAUGAUAAAAAGUUGCAAAUCACAACGAAUUUCUAUUUUACAUACACCGAAGAUUACAUUGAUAUGUAA